AUGUACGCAACACAGAAAUCAGAAAGCAUGAAGAAGUCAAAGUGCACUAGCCCUAUCUCACAUGUAAGCCUCGCCCUUUUUGUAACAGCAUUAAACCCUGGAGCUACGUAUCCUCUUACGCACGAUGCUACCAGCUCUAAACAAAACAGGUCAGCUUUACUGGAUAUGCUGAACAUGAACAAGGUCGACAGGGAAACAAUGGACAGAAAAGAGACCGUAAUACCUAUUAUGCAAGAUGACGCCCCUCGUUCUUUGGGUUUCUGUGGAUGGGUUUUAAUCAUCAUCUCAGUCAUUAUUACCAUAAUACUGUUUCCUGUCUCCAUUUUCAUGUGUAUUAAGCUCGUCCAGGAGUAUGAGAGAGCUGUGAUCUUUCGUUUGGGUCGUAUCAUUGACAGAAAACCAAAAGGACCAGGAAUGUUUUUCAUACUUCCAUGUAUUGAUACUUUAAAGAAGGUGGACUUGAGAUCCAAGACAUUUGAGGUUCCACCUCAAGAGAUUUUGACAAAGGACUCGGUGACGGUGUGUGUAGAUGGUGUGGUUUACUUCAGAGUCAACGAUCCCAUCUGGUCUGUAGCUAACGUGAGAAAUGCUGAUGUGGCAACACAACUGUUAGCACAGACCACACUGAGGAACGUCCUGGGCACUAAAAGCCUGUCAGAAGUGCUAUCAGAUAGAGAGGGCAUCUCCCAUAACAUGCAGUCUGCCUUAGAUGAAGCCACACAUCCUUGGGGUAUCAAAGUGGAGCGAGUAGAGAUUAAAGAUGUUAAACUUCCUGUUCAGCUUCAAAGAGCCAUGGCAGCUGAGGCUGAAGCCUCCAGAGAGGCUCGUGCUAAGGUGAUUGCAGCAGAGGGAGAGAUGAAUGCAUCACGGGCCUUAAAGGAGGCCUCUCUGGUGAUUUCUGAGUCACCUGCAGCCCUGCAGCUCCGCUACCUCCAAACACUCACCACCAUCUCAGCUGAGAAGAACUCCACCAUCAUAUUCCCCCUGCCCAUUGACAUCUUGCAGCACUUUGUGUCACAUAAAUAACUUUAACUUAUAAGUCAUUAAUACCAUUGUUUAUAUUCAAGCCUAUAGGUUUUCCUA